AUCAAGUCAACCACGAGAGUGCUAAAACAGGUGUUUCUGUAAAGAAGAGAGGAAGAGGAAGACCCAGAAAAAUGGAAGCUGACCAACUGGAUAGUAAGUCCCAGAGUUCCAAUGGUAAAAGCAAUGGCCAAAUGAAUUCGGUAUGUCACUUGCUAUCCUCUGCAACAGUUGAUUGAUGAAUGUAUAAAGAAAUAAACAUAUUUUUACGCUACUUACCCCCCUCCCCCUAGUCACUGAUGUUUCAUGAAGUCCUUCACCAUGUAUGUUGAUUCUAUCACCACUUCUGCAAUCAUUCUCCCUGAGAUCACUCCCACCAUCUAAAAAAAAUCCUGCGCCAUGUUCCUGAAAAUGUCCAAUUAACAUUUUAUUUAUUUAUUUAUAGUUUUUUUUAUUCUUGUCAAGUUUGUGCUACAAUGGACUAAUUGUUAUUUUGCUUGUAGAAUGCUGCUGGGAAGAAAAGGGGAAGGGGAAGACCAAAGAAACUAGCAGUAGAACAAGUGUUUAGUAGGUGCCAGUUCUCCAGUGGUGAAACAAACAAAGUAAAUUGCUCAAAACGGUUUUGUAGCCAUGGGCCUGACAAUACUUGACUUGAAAAUUUUGGACCUAUUCUGUAGCAUCACCAAAAUGGUUGAAUUUCUAUUAUUUUCUCUACUUUUUAUUUGCUUCUGCCGAAUCAAAUCCUUAACUUGACUAGUAUGUAUGUUGUUGUUUUCCUACCAUUUACAUGAAUGAUUCUGUAGCCACAUAUCUGUCAGUAUCUAACAACACAUUUUAGGACUCCUUUUAGCUGAAGCCAAUAAAAUAUCCAAACACCCUGUCGUAAGGUUCCAUGUCACUUCUAAAUGGUAAUGGUUUUAAUUCUUUUGAACAUUUGUUGUUGUUCUUUUAUUGCUGACUAGGGAAGGUGCCUUUUUGUGAUCUGUUUACUGCAGCAAUCAUUCAAUAAUCAGUUAAUAUCCUAGCUUUUUCUGAGCCCAGAACUUCCACCUUCUAUAAAUGAUUAGAUGCUGGUUUCAUUUUUUACUUAAAAAUAAUUAUUCUUCUAUCUUGAUAUUCACCUCAUAUCGGUGUUCUUGAUUGUAUGCAUACUUUAAAUAUUAAUCAUGUAGAAGAUAUUUCGAGCUGAUUGGCUGGUUUACAGGGAUCCUUUUCAUUAGUAUGAUAGAAUUCUUUGCUAGCUGCUAUUCUAGUGUAUUGUUUUUAGCUGAUAAAUUGUGUACUUCGCUGCAAUGUCAUACAUUAAAUUUCUUACCCACGCAUUGGGUUGACAUCAAUCAUAACUAUCAUAAAAAAAAUCUGAAUUUGAUUUUGUGCAAUCAAAUUCCUGGGCAUUGUAUUAAUGGAGCAUAUCUGGAAAUUUAGCGAUUCACUAAAAUCAUGCAUCAUAAGCCCUGAAACACUGGAAUGUGCAAUGUGCAUCUUGCCAUCUAUUGUGCUUGUCAUUGUAGGAGCACCCUGACAUUAACACCCAGCCAAAAAAUACUUGUUUAUUUAUCCAGCACCGAUGGCAUGCACUUGACUCACAAGUUAGCCUUUUCAAUUCAGCGUGUGAUGUCCAAUGAGUGAUGCUGAGGCAGCAAGGAGCAAGCAGUCAAGGAAUCAUAAACUUCUGCAGAAUGCAAAGAAGCGGAAAAGAGAUGUAGGGAAAGAGUCUAUGAGAAAAAAGUUGAACAAAGUGGAUAAAGAACAAAAGCAGUUCCCAUCCACCAAGGAUGAAACCCUCGAUAAAAAUAAUAUGAAAGGGAGUAAGAUGUUGACUGGGGAAAAUGCCCUCAUGUGCCACCAGUGCCAGAGGAAGGACAAACCACGGGUUGUCCAGUGUCAAUCAUGCAAAAAAAAGCGAUUCUGUGUGCCAUGCAUAGAACAAUGGUAUCCUAAUUUGCAUGAAGAUGAAUUUGCUGUGAAAUGCCCAUAUUGUCGCAAGAACUGUAAUUGCAAGGCCUGCCUACGGAUGAAGGGAGUUGAAGAGCCUCCAAAAAAGGAGAUCUCUAAAGAAAAUGAAAUUCGUUAUGCUUGUCAUAUCGUAAGCUUGCUGCUUCCCUGGAUGAGAGAAUUGCGACAAGAACAGAUGGAGGAGAAGGAAGUAGAGGCUAAUAUACGAGGAGUUUCAAUGAAUGAGAUAAAAGUGGAAGAAGCUGAGGUUGACCUAGAUGAUCGUGUAUAUUGUGACAGGUGUAGAACAUCUAUUGUUGAUUUUCAUAGAAGCUGCAAGCAUUGUUUCUAUGAUCUUUGUCUUAACUGCUGCAAGGAGCUUCGCAAAGGUGAGAUCGCAGGAGGAGAAGAGGUGGAGUAUGUGCCACCUGAACCUAAAGGUAGGAGUUAUUCUUUUGGCAAGAUUCCUCUGUCAAAGGAUGCUGAUAGAAGUAAGAACUCCUCAAAUGGUCAGUCUUACAACGGCAUGCCUGCUGUUGGCAACCCCAAUAACGGCCUGUUGCUCUGGAAAGCAAAGAGUGAUGGUAGCAUACCUUGUCCACCAAAGGAAGUAGGAGGCUGUGGUAGUACACUUCUGGACCUCAAGUGCUUGUUUCCAGAGAAGACGCUUGCUGAGAUAGAAGAUAGAGCUGACAAAGUUCUCAGGAGUGAGACAUUAGCUAAAGCAAUGGUUAGUAGAAGUGAUCGGUGCCCUUGCUUUGAUCAUUCGGGCAAGAUAAGAACUGAAAGCAAAUCAUUACGGGAGGCUGCAAGCAGGAAGGACUCAAGUGAUAACUUCCUAUACUGUCCAGUUGCUACUGGUAUUCAAGAUGAUGACAUAGUGCAUUUUCAGAUGCAUUGGGCAAAAGGUGAGCCUGUUGUUGUUUCUGAUGUCCUUCAGUUAACCUCUGGUCUGAGUUGGGAGCCAAUGGUAAUGUGGCGGGCAUUGCGGGAAAGAUCCAAAGGCAAAGCGGAAGAUGAGCAAUUAGCUGUUUGGGCGAUAGACUGCCUUGAUUGGUGUGAGGUGGAAAUUAACAUACACAAGUUCUUUUCGGGAUAUACAACAGGCAGAACUCAUGCUAGGACUCACUGGCCUCAGAUGCUUAAGCUAAAAGACUGGCCUUCUUCUAGUUCCUUUGACAAGCGAUUGCCGCGACAUGGUGCCGAAUUUAUUAGCGCAUUGCCAUUUCGUGAGUAUACAGAUCCACGAUGUGGCCCACUAAAUCUUGCAGCCAAGCUUCCUGCUGGUGUCUUGAAGCCAGAUCUUGGACCCAAAAGUUACAUUGCUUAUGGGCUCUACAAAGAGCUAGGCAGGGGUGAUUCUGUGACCAAGCUUCACUGUGACAUAUCUGAUGCGGUAAAUAUCUUAACACACACAGCUGAAGUCACUUGUCAGACUGAUCACCGCCAAAUUGAAAAAAUCCAAAAAGACAUGAGAGAGCAAGAUCUGCAGGAACUAUAUGGGGGUCUAAAAUCCUGCUCUGAGCUGAAGUUGUCACCAGCUCCAACUGAAUGCAGGGAUGAAUCUGUUGAUGAAGGAUUGAAGACCUCAUAUAUUAGAGAAGACAAUUGUGUCAACAGAGACAACUAUAAUGGUUUGGACAUCAAUGCUUUACCACCUGAUGACGAUGGAGAUGAUGCAAAGGAUAAAGAAUCAUCUCAUGAAUCAGAAUCACAAAGUGAACUAGGUCAGUGUUCCUAUCACAGCAACGGGGUCAACACAACUGAUGGAAUGCACAGUGGAGCUCAUUACAUUUCACACAAUCAAAAAAGCACUGACAGUAUACAACUCAAGAAAGUUGGCAUUAAACCUCAAGGAGAGAAAUCUGAAAAGGUUGAUUGCAGUGGCAUUGAUGGCAUUGAUGCUUAUCUAAAAGGAAGUUCUGAAGAUAAUCUGGAAAUGCCUGUUGUUGAGAGCUCAGAGCAACAGAGCACCGGUGCCGGUGCUCUGUGGGAUAUCUUCCGCAGACAGGAUUCUGAUAAAUUACAAGAUUAUCUUAGGAAGCAUUGCUCUGAAUUCCGGCAUAUUUACUGCAAUCCAGUGAAAAAGGUAUUUCACCCAAUUCAUGAUCAGUCUUUCUAUUUAACUCAGGAGCAUAAGAGAAAGCUCAAGGAAGAAUAUGGAAUUGAACCCUGGACGUUUGAACAGAAGCUUGGUGAAGCUGUUUUCAUUCCUGCUGGAUGUCCUCACCAAGUGAGAAAUUUGAAGUCCUGCAUCAAAGUUGCGCUUGAUUUUGUUUCCCCAGAAAAUGUUGGUGAGUGUGUUAAGUUGACUGGGGAGUUUAGACGACUUCCAUCUUUCCACAAAGCUAAAGAAGACAAACUAGAGAUUAAGAAGAUGGCUCUUCAUGCCCUGAACGAAGCUGUAAACUUCUUGGAUCCUUGUUCCUCAGAAGGGUUGAAGAUUGGGGUUGGUGAGAACAGCUGUGGAGAUGAAUCUGCAGAUGAGAAGCCGAUGCCUAAAAGGCGAGGCAUCAAGGAGAGCUGACGCCCAAAAGUGAAGCUGCCGAUGAGAAGCCUAAAAGGCGAGGUCACCCAGUAGGUUCUCGAAAUUGUGGCGAUUGAUUUGUCAAGUUUGGGCUGGGGGUGAUGCAUUUUGGAAGGAGCUGAGCUUGUAGGUUGUAUCGAUGGUCAGGCAUUAAGGUGUCUGAGCUUUUGUUCAUGUAUGGUGACAGCCGGCCGACGCCGAUGGAUGGAGAACCAUUGGUUGGUUAGUUGGUGCGUGGAGACCCAGUCAUGUAGCAGGCGGGUAGGCAGGCACUAGAGAGAACUAGGGUGAGAAACAGUAGGGCAUAUGUAUGCUGCUGAUAUUUUGCGACUUAGCAUCCGAGCCUCCCUAUGCAAUGGUGGUGCUGUUUCGUUACUUGUAGUCAAAUUUAGGUAUGAAUUUGACCAAGCAUUUGUCUAGAUUUAUAUAAAAAAAUUGCAUUCAUCUAAAA